AUGAACAUUAUCACGUUGGUAGCUAUUUUUGCUCAUAAUGUUGUUACUUCACUUUGUUCAACCUAUCCAAUUCCAAAUUGUUUGAGGACACGUUACGACCAGCCUUUUGAUAAAUUUCUUCCGUUAAGGCAUUGUGCUGAACCAAUAGAUAAAGAUCACUGGAAAAUAAAUUGGCAUAUUCCAACAAUUGAAGAAGUUGAUUAUGCUUCUGAAUUAGUUACUAAAUUUAUUACAACACCAUUAGAGCAACUUUUGGACAACUUUAAAGACAGAACAGAGUAUACUUUUAAAUUUUAUUUAAAAAAUGCUUUUAUUGCGUUGAGGAAUGGGUUGAAGAAAUUUAAAAUCUUUUUUAUAUUUUCGAUGUUUAUUUAA